GCUCUUCAAGGGUUGAAGCUCUGUGUGGGCAAACAAUCCUGCAAGAAAGUGAAGAGGAAAAGAGAGAAUCCUGUUCGAGAGUCUGUGAAAGCUGACUUUUAAGGAUCCCACAUCCAGGAUCUAGUGUGGCUGUUUCGUAAGGACGGAUUUGUUAAGGUUAGUUCAUGAUGGGAGACCAGAGGCAACGUUCAUUGUCUACGUCUGGGGAAUCACUGUACCAUGUUCUAGGACUGGACAAGAAUGCCACUUCAGAUGAUAUUAAGAAGUCAUACAGGAAACUUGCAUUAAAAUAUCACCCUGAUAAGAACCCAGAUAAUCCAGAAGCCGCAGAGAAAUUUAAAGAGAUCAACAAUGCACAUGCAAUAUUGACUGAUGCUACAAAGCGAAAUAUCUAUGAUAAGUAUGGUUCCUUGGGUCUCUAUGUCGCCGAGCAGUUUGGAGAGGAGAACGUGAACACGUAUUUUGUGCUGUCCAGCUGGUGGGCAAAGGCGCUGUUUGUGUUCUGUGGACUCAUCACAGGCUGCUAUUGCUGUUGCUGUCUGUGCUGUUGCUGUAAUUGUUGCUGUGGAAAGUGUAAACCAAAACCCCCAGAAGGUGAAGAGCAGGAAUACUAUGUCUCCCCUGAAGACUUGGAGGCGCAGCUACAGUCAGAUGAAAGGGAGGCCUCAGAAACACCAAUUGUGAUACAGCCAGCCUCAGCCACAGAGACGACUCAGCUCACGGCGGACUCCCACCCCAGCUACCACACCGAUGGAUUUAAUUAAGUUAAGGAAGCACUGUUGUCUAGAAUGGAGAAGAAUAAAUAAUAUGGCCAAUCCAGCACUAGAAUCAUGGACAUUAGACAUAGUAUAUGGGGAGGGGAGACCCAUUAUCUGCCCCAGUAAGGGGGCAGCCUCCAACCUGCUGAGAAUAUUUUGUAAUCCCUUCGCCUUUUGUCACCUUCAGUGUCGUAUCUUGAUGAUACAUGGAAGUACUGUAGCAUGCAGUAUUUAAAACAGUUUAGCUUUGGUCUUUUCGUUUUCUUUCUUUUUUUAAAAAUAGCAUGUGUGGAAUUUACGUUAUAAACGUCUUUGUGUUGUAAUGUAUUGAGGAGUUAUCACAACGAGUGUGAUGGAUACAUUCUGCAUUUUAAGCAGUGAUACCAGCCAAAAUAAUAAUAAUAAUAAUAACCCAAACAAAAGAGCAUUUUCCAAGAGAAGUUAGAUCUGUCACAGAAGCUACUGCACUUCCAUACAGUUGAGCUCUGAACAUCCCAUGAAGGCUGCUCUUCAUUAUCCACUUGAGAGCAAAUGCACUUUUCAAUAUUUCCCCACUAUUCCCUUUGACUUCCUCCUAAGUAGUUUUACCUUGAAAAAUGCUUAUGUUGUGAGGAAGGCAAUUUUUAAAAAAAUUGCUGAUUUCUGAAAAUAUUCCCUUUACCUGUUUCUUCUUCAGACCGUAUCUGACCGUGAGCUACUUUAUAGUUAAAGACAUUCUUGUGUAGGAGAGGGCCAAAAUGUGUGUUUUGCUGCAAAACAAGAUGUUACUUGAAUGAUAUGUCUGCAUUUUAAAAUUUAAGUGCACACUAAUUUUUGUUAGAAUUUAAUCAUUCCCCUGCACUAUUUAUAAUCAGAUAUUGCCAUUUUUUUUUACUUGUGCAUGAAUAUGGAAACCGGAUGUAUAUUCUCAUUGUUUAGCUUAAAAUGAAGUCAAUGCAAAUAAAUAGUUGAGCAGAUUUUAGAUUUCUGUGGUUUGAAUAGACAUUAUCAUUUGUAUAUAUAAUGUCAUUGUUUUGGCGUUCUCACAAGCAGCUUUUUUAGAAGAAGAAAAACUGAGAAACAAAAACCAACCUUACCUGAAAUAGUUAUGGGCCACUUCGCAUAUUGUAUGUUCUAGGCUCUGGACUAUCUCUGUGUUCCUGGUGUUAAAAGUCCUUAGAGUGAAUGCAACUAACACAUGCCAUGAUGGAGAAGCUCUUCAGAGAACUGGAGCUGGUUUGCUUCUCGGUUGGAUAUUUGCUGCUGUGGGAGGCAAGAAAUAGACAUUGAGCAUGGAGCUGUGAGACCAGGGCUAAAAGUCCUGGUCCAUUUCAAAUCAACGACUUUUGCUCCCUUUAUAAAACGGGAGCAAUAAGACUAAACUGUAUUAAACUUUUAUGGUGCCUCACUGCACUGGUGUAAACACUGAGUCUUUGAUUCAUUAGUGUUGCUAAAUACCUUUCAAUGAACAAACCACUUCAGUUUUCUUGAGUCUGUCUAAUGAAAUAUUGUGUAAAUGUUAUUGUGCUUUAGAUGUGUUCCUUUCCGUUAACUUCUCCCCUGCCCUUUCUUCUCUGCACCAGCAAGUGUACUGUAAACACACUCCAGCGGUGUACCUCUUUAUGAUGUGGUGGUGAUGGUGGUGGUGGAAUCAUGAAUGGAAAUUUUGUGUGUGUGGAGGGGGGGGGAUGGAAACACUAGGAUUGGGGGAUGCUCUGAUAUUUUUAGAGCUCUGAGGACUCUUCCCUGUCUCUUCCCCCUGUCUUUUGUCUCUUUUCUGUCUCUCUUUUGGCAGAAGCUGAUUUAUGCCUGCAGCAGGCUGAGAAAGUGGAAUGAAGUGUGUGUGUGUAUGUGUGUGUUUGUGUUUGUGUGUCCAUGUGUGCAUAUGUGUAAUGGAGAGAAGGAUGUUCAUCUAGUUUUCUGUCUAAAAUAUCAGGGAAGAAGGGUUCCCCGCCCACCAAUCUUGUCUUUUGUUCAUUCAGCGAUUUUAUUGUUUUGUGUUCCAACGUCAGCAAGCAUUUAAAAAAUGACUUCAACCUGCAGUCUGAACUGGUACUUUUAACUCUCUGCUAUAACAUUGUUCCUUUGUCUCGCACUUCAUCUUACCCUAAUGAGGUCUUUCGUGUUUUCCUUUGACAUUCCUUUUGGGUUGUUUCUAUGUGGCUUUUCCCCAGAUGUUGCCAGGCUUCCCUGGAGCCGAAGGAAAUUUGAGAAGUGAAAGGGAAGAACUUUGGAAUCUUGUUGAACACAUCAACCCACAUGAUCUUCUGGAAGUCAAACAAGCUUUUCUUUUUUUCCUACCACCAUCCCUUUCCAAAGGUUUCAUUCAGUGUGCAUUUCCCUUGGCGCAAGCAGAACAGGAUUCCUGGACAUGUGCAUGAUAAGCAGCACUAAUACAACACAAUGUUAAAAGGGCUCUAUUAAUGUUUUUCAAAUAUUCUGGACAGCACCAUACUUUUAAUGUACCCGGAAGCCACUUGCAGGAUUCAGUGUUAUCAGUAUCCAUAUUUGCAUUCCAUCUAUAAGCAUAUCAUUGCAAGGGUGGGGCCUCUAACUAGAGUUUAUACCUUUCCCCUCAAUUCCUCACCCCAGGGAAAAUAAUUCUUAUUUCUACUCAUAAACUUUCAACUAGCUUACUGAAUGUAAUCUGAAAUACAGAGAAUGAGUUUGUAGUAUAUAUUAUAAACUUUCAGGCAGAGGUCACAGCCUAAAACUUAGGUGUCAUCUUGACUCAAUUUUAAUUUACCUAUACUCUAUACUAGGACUGAUUUCAUGAUCUAAUAAUAUUUGGAUUCCAGUAUGUUACUCCUGGUGAAACAUUUGGACUGUAGUAGAAAGGAAAAUUAUUAUACAGUUGCUUUCCAGUUCGUAUGCAAGCUUCAGUCACUACAAAUCUAGAGUUCCAAAAUGCUUUAUUGACAGUGCAAACAAACUGCUUUAAUCUCCAACACAGUUAAGUGGCUUAUGAAAGCAGUUUUCUUCUCUUUUUCCUUCUCAGUCUUGCAUUCUAAAUAUCAGCUUGUAUAUGUUAUAAUUUUAAGCUCAAUCAGUAGGUUUGACUCCUCUGGGUAAUGCUUUUAAAGUUCAUUCCAGUAGUUCUCUUCAAGAGAGAAAUAAAUAAUAUUUCUCUGUGUAAUAUUGAAAAUCGUACUGUCUUAUAUCAUUCCUCUUUCAUAAAUUGACACUUAGCUAAAGCUUGUCUAAAUAACCCUGAAAUGCUUGAAUAAUAUGCCAGUAUAAAAGAGUAUACCAUGGUCAUAUACCCAGUCUCCGUUCUUAAAUCUGGAAAAUUCAACCUCUUUCAAAAUUGACACAUAGAGAUGAUGCAAAGUUUAAAAUACAGCUAACAUUCAGGGCCCUAAUUGCCUUCUGCUUGAUAUAGGUUUUUAUUGUCAUCUUUGAUAAAAUAGGAAUCAGCAGAUUUUGGGAACCACACCAAAAACAUUUAAGUAAAAGUGAAAGUGAGUAUAUGGCCAGUAGUGUUUUAUACUACCUUAAUUUUUUCUGGUAAGUGGGGAAACCCCAUAUUCAUCUGUCUUCAGGGGUAGUUCUGUUUUUUAUACUCCUAUGUUCCCCUGCUUCUCCUUCACUAGUAAUUUUUUAAUUUUACAAAUUCAUAUUUUGCAGCCAGAAGACUUGUAAAUUUUCCUUUAGCCUUUUUCAGCUUUUUCAAAGUAGGUUUUUAUUUUCUUUUGCUGGACAUCAAUAGCAUUCAUAUCGGCCUCAAGCACCUUCUUCAUCCUGCGCUGUGGCCAAAUCAAAUCUGAGCCCUGGGUCUUUGGGAUAAAUGCACUUUCCAGGGACCUGAAUGUAUAUACAUCAACUUCAGAGCAUUUCUCCUGCUCCCUAGCAAUCAAAACUGAUGCAGCCGUUCCAUUUGGAGGUUAAAAAAAAGCUAAUGAGAAACAAGGCCGAGAUCUUAAAUGGGACAAUGAACUUUUAAAAAGGUUGUUGGGCUCCCAUGCAGAAUGACCAUGGCCAGCAUCCGUGAAAUGUGAACCUUUGCAGCAUUAUAUGCUUAAAUGCAUUGUCAGCACAUUACAGACUUUCUUUUUCAUUUUUCUUUUGCUUAAGUUACAUUAGAUUUCCUGAUUGUCUACAUCUUGUCCAUAAGGUGACAUUGAGGACAGUCCCCGUCCUCAAUCCUCAGAGCACUUUUCCUGUUUAGAAGAGACGGAAUCCCCACUUUGUCUCUUGGUACGAAGAGGGUUGUGGGUUUUAUUGGCUGAGAUCUGGAGCAGGUGCAACCUGAGGACCUUGGCUGGUUGCUUGCUAACAGAACCCCAGGCUUUAUUUUUAAUUGUACUGAACUAUUUGCUUUUCAUCUGGGAAGCUGCUACUUGUGCAGUGAUUCUCCCCACCCCAUCCCACCCAGCAGAAUAGGGUCCUUAGAAGGCUUUCUCAUGUCUGAAAAUGUAUCAUGGAUGAGGAACUGUAAUUGCCAAAGAAAAAGCUUAUGCAUUUGGUUGCCGGUAGCUAUCAAAUGUUAUAUUUUCAGACUUCACACUGCCCUGCACGAGUAAUGCUAUAUUUUGGGAAACUCUCACUUGGAAACUAGUCUUAAAAUUAAUAUCCCAUUCCAGACGAGAUGAAGCUGGGGUGUGUUGUGUUUGUGUGUGCAAAAAUAAAUUGUGUAUAAAUGCACUUAGCUAAAUGCUCUUGCAGCAUUUGUGUAUAGAUUUUGGUGUUUUCAAGAAUUGUAGGAAGGUUUUUUUUUCUCAAGUGCACUAAUUUUGGAAGGGUCACAUUAACCAAGUUAACCAAUUAACAUGAUUCUUUAAAGACCCCCAAAACUGGUCAUUUCAGAGGUGGCCUUCUGGGCCUGCCCUCUUGAAUUUAUGAGCUGUUUCCCCCCACCCUUGAGGUCUUUAGAUUUUCUUCUCUCUGUCUUCACAAUAGUGAUGUCUCACCGAUAGUCCCAAAAUUGUAUGUGUGGUGUCUCCCUCCUAUUUUGCUGGAAGCAAUCACUUGGACUGCUUAAUUGUACAGUGCCAUCCACACAGCUUAGGUUUUGAUGUUUCUUAAGCGAGUUUUAAUUUGGGCGAUAUAGCUGCGAUGUACUUCAGUGACUGUGUGGAUGUGUCAUUGGAAUGCUUUCGGAAGCCUGUCAUAGCUGCAAAAGCUUUGGGUGGUGCAUUUUCGUUUUGACUGUGUACAUCUGUGUGCAUUUGAGUGUGUGAGUGUGUUGCAUCAUUCAGCUGCUGUUGUGUGAUUCAUUCCUCUAUCAUCUCCUCCUGCUCCCCGCUUUUUUGGGGGGGUCAUAUUUUCUCUCCUGAACUAGCUAUCCCUCUCUUCAAGGUGGUCUCUUUCUUGCAUACGAGUAAGAUGUUAAGAUAAACUGAGGUGUGGUUAGUCUGUGCUCCUCUCAUCCAGGCUUUAAUUGUUUCAAUGAAGGUUAAAAGUUCCAUUGGAAUGACCCAGUGCUUUGUAACAAUCAUGUUUAAUAGACUCCAUCUUUGACUUAACUGUUGUUUUUUAGUAUAUUUUAUUGUGGCCUCUUCUGACGUCUGUGUGACCUGAAGAUGUAACAAGGGUCUCCUUUAUGCACUUAUACUUGCAGGAUGGGACAAGGGAAAAUCCUAACAUGUUUUAAAAGAAAAUUGUUAGUUGUAAAA